UUUAUACAGUGUCACGGAGCCAUCUCGGGCGGGGCGGCCCGCCCCGGUGCCGCCCCCGGUAUAAACGGCGGCAGGGCCGUGCCGGGGAGCGGAGCUGCGGCAGAGGCAGCGGCGGGGGCAGGUCCAGCGGCGGCAUCAUGCGUGAGUGCAUCUCCAUCCAUGUCGGCCAGGCCGGCGUCCAGAUGGGCAACACCUGCUGGGAGCUGUACUGCCUGGAACACGGCAUCCAGCCUGACGGGCAGAUGCCCAGCGACAAAACCAUUGGUGGAGGGGAUGACUCCUUCACCACCUUCUUCUGUGAGACUGGGGCUGGGAAGCAUGUCCCGCGGGCCAUCUUCGUGGACCUGGAGCCCACCGUGAUUGAUGAGGUUCGUGGAGGAGUGUACCGCCAGCUAUUCCACCCUGAACAGAUGAUCACUGGCAAGGAGGAUGCUGCCAACAACUAUGCCCGUGGGCACUACACCAUUGGCAAAGAGAUCAUCGACCAAGUGCUGGACAGGAUCCGGAAGCUGGCUGACCAGUGCACUGGACUCCAGGGCUUCCUCGUGUUUCGUAGUUUUGGAGGAGGAACCGGCUCUGGAUUCACCUCCCUGUUGAUGGAGCGGCUCUCCGUUGAUUAUGGCAAGAAGUCCAAGCUGGAGUUCUCCAUCUACCCUGCUCCACAGGUCUCCACUGCUGUAGUGGAGCCGUACAACUCCAUUCUCACCACACACAGCACCCUGGAGCACUCAGACUGUGCUUUCAUGGUGGACAAUGAGGCCAUCUACGACAUCUGCCGCAGGAACCUUGAUAUUGAGCGCCCAACCUACACCAAUUUGAACAGACUCAUCAGUCAGGUCGUCUCAUCCAUCACAGCGUCACUGAGGUUUGACGGGGCCCUGAAUGUUGACCUGACGGAGUUCCAGACCAACCUUGUGCCUUACCCUCGCAUCCACUUCCCCCUGGCCACCUAUGCUCCUGUAGUUUCGGCUGAGAGAGCUUAUCACGAGCAGCUGUCAGUGGCUGAGAUCACCAACUCCUGCUUUGAGCCAGUCAACCAGAUGGUGAAGUGUGACCCUCGCCACGGCAAGUACAUGGCCUGCUGCCUGCUGUACCGUGGGGAUGUGGUGCCCAAGGAUGUCAACGCCGCCAUCGCCACCAUCAAGACCAAGCGCAGCAUCCAGUUUGUGGACUGGUGUCCCACAGGCUUCAAGGUGGGCAUCAACUACCAGCCGCCCACAGUGGUGCCAGGGGGAGACCUGGCCAAGGUGCAGCGCGCCGUCUGCAUGCUGAGCAACACCACGGCCAUCGCCGAGGCCUGGGCUCGCCUAGACCACAAGUUUGACCUGAUGUACGCCAAGCGAGCCUUCGUGCACUGGUACGUGGGCGAGGGCAUGGAGGAAGGGGAGUUCUCCGAGGCACGGGAAGACAUGGCUGCUCUGGAGAAGGAUUAUGAGGAGGUCGGCCUGGACUCCUAUGAGGAUGAAGAGGAGGGCGAGGAAUAAAGAAGCCCCUGCCGAAAAGGACCACAUUCUUUUCCAUGUUACCUGCAGAAACCCUUUGCAAUAAACCAUUUCAGAGCGUUCAUGUCUCCUAGUGACCCCUCAGCUG